AUCAUUUGUCCCUUCACAAAACGUGAUUUAAAAAAAAAAACUAUAUCCUAUUUUUAUAGAUAAAAAUGCAGAAUAAAAUCGUAGAGAUACUCAAUCGAUUGGUUGCUAACCCAAAAGGAACAGGUCCUGCAUCAAAGUUAUUAAUAGGUGCCGGAGUUUUAGGUUACGGUGUAUAUAAAUCCAUGUAUCAAGUUGAAGCAGGUCAUAGAGCUAUUAUAUUUAGCAGAAUUAAUGGUGUUCAAAAAGAAAUUUAUAGUGAAGGCAUCCAUUUUAGAAUACCAUGGUUACAAUAUCCAAUCAUUUAUGAUAUUAGAGCUAAGCCUAGAAAGAUAUCUUCUCCUACUGGUAGUAAAGAUUUACAAAUGGUCAAUAUAACAUUGAGAGUAUUAACCAGACCUGACCAAAUGAAACUUCCAACAAUGUACAGAUUUUUAGGCAUGGAGUAUGAAGAAAGGGUUCUCCCAUCCAUAGUCAAUGAGACACUCAAAAGCGUGGUGGCAAAAUUUAAUGCCUCUCAACUUAUAACCCAAAGACAACAGGUCAGCUUAUUGAUUCUCAAAUCCUUAGAGGACAGGGCUAGGGAUUUUAACAUUUUACUAGAUGAUGUUUCUAUCACGGAGCUCAGUUUCAGUCCACAAUAUACUGCCGCUGUAGAGGCUAAGCAGGUAGCUCAACAAGAGGCUCAAAGAGCAGCAUUCGUAGUGGAGAGAGCCAUACAAGAAAAGCAACAGAAAAUUGUUCAGGCAGAAGGCGAAGCUGAAGCCGCUAAAUUGAUAGGUGAAGCCGUUUCGAAAAAUCCCGGGUACUUGAAACUUAGAAGGAUAACAGCCGCACAAAAUAUAGCUAGAACAAUCGCUAAUUCUCAAAACAGGACGUAUUUGGAUUCAAAUAACUUACUACUUAAUUUUGGGGUAUGUAGCCCGGAUAAAGAUAGCAAAGCAAAAUAAAAAAUAAUAAUUUCCUUAAUAUAUCAAACAUGUUUUUUACCAACCAACUUAUUCUAUUCAUAUAAUAUGAUGUACAUAAUUUCUUUUAAAAAUCAAAAUUUUGGUAGUUCAGAAAAUAUCAUAUUUUAUAUGUGAUUUGAAUUGAUAUUAUCUUAUACCAGUAGUAAAAUUAAGCACAAUGAAUAGCAUACUUUUAAAACUAAAAUUUAAUUUGAUAUAUUUUUGGUUAACCAUAAAAAAUCGUAGCUCAAAAGC